AUGGCAGCUGCUUUACCAAAUAAUUCCGAUCUAGAAUGUUCCAUUUGUUUUGAAAGUUUCAAAGCCCCAAAAAUCUUAUCUUGUGGACAUUCAUUUUGCCAGGGGUGUCUGGUGACAUAUAUUGAUGGCAAAAAGGGGACAUUUUUAUGCCCAGUUUGUAAACAAAAAAUAACAAUUCCUAAAGGUGGUGUGGAAAAGUUAGCUACAAAUUUUGCUUUACAAAGUUUGACGAAUUCUCUGACAACAACCCAACCCUCAACUAGUCCUAAACCAAAACAUCAUUGUCCAAAUCACAGUAAGAAGGAGGUAGAAUAUUAUUGUCUAUCUUGUAAUUUAGGAUUAUGUUCUAAAUGUAUUUUAAAAGAUCAU